AAAAAUUUCUCGAGAAAAUAAUUUCCAACAUCGCCGCCGUAUGGGAGGAAUUGCAACAUCGUACGUGUUCUCGGAUGGAUCUCGGGAUGUAUACAAGUUUUUCUACAGCCGGAACACGCUUUUUAAAUCUGCAUGUGUUGUGUGGACUCUGGACCUGUGGGCUCUUCGAUCCGAAACCGCCAUUGGGAUUUAUGGCUAAACGUCCUCAUACGAACUGAUCCAUGAGCAGUGAAUGGUUCCGUCGUCGGUCGGUGACACGCCAACAGUGAAAAGUUGUGAGCCAGCGCUGGGCCUAUUUGGCUUUGUGAAAAGUGCGGAAGUGAAUUGAUUUCGUCGGUGGAAGAUGAGCAGCGCAAAACUGGCUCCACCAGCAGCAUCAGCAGCAGUGGCAAUGACCACGAAUGACGCGGUCACCGCUGCUGCCACCGCCAAACCCAACCAGCAGACGACAAGGUCACAGAGCCAUCAGCAACGAUCGUACGGGAAAAUCGUUCUUACGCUGGAAAACUGUCUUCUCCCGGAGACGAAGCUCGAUUUGACGCCCUCGCAGGUGGAUGGAUUGGAUCGCGAGGCGGAAAUUGACUUGCGAAUAUUGGGCUGCGAGCUGAUCCAAACGGCCGGGAUUCUGUUGAAACUGCCCCAGAAGGUGGUUCCGUCGUCGGUCGGGCUGCGGAUAUCCCGGUGCUGAUUCGUUACCAACCUCUAAGUCAGAACAGAAGACCCCAGGGCCAAACGAAGGCCGAGACUCGUCUCACUGGAAGAGAAGACAAAAUCAUGCCCGUGGUGAUGAUGAUGUGGUGAGUUCCAUAACAGACCGGACUAACCGGAGAGGUCAAAAUUUAUUCGAUUUUUGUGCUGAUGGCACAAUUUUGCCUAUUCGAACCGAGCCGACGACGGAAUGAAGAACAGCAACAAAAUUCAAGUGCAAUCAGCUGAUACCCGAGAACCAAAUUGUCGAUGUGCUGAUGAGCAAGACGGACAGCACGAACCACAAGACGCAGUUGCCUAUUCGGCAGGCACCCUUGUCGCAGACCGGAAAAGUUGCGGUUACAGUGCAUCGCAGUUGCCGGAGAAUCAUAUGGCACAAAGGUAUAAUCAGCUGAUUCGGGACCAUAAUUAUCCUAAUAAAUAACAACUCAUCUUAUAAUGAAAAAAAAAGACAAUAAUAAAAUGAUCAAUUUUGAACAUAUUAAAUUUUAUUUGGGCAUAUUUACUUGAGUAAAAUAAAAAUGAAGA